AAGGUGGGUGACCCAAAUAAAGCCUAUGUCCUAAUAAAGCCUAUUUUUUAAAUUUCCCGCUUCACGAUUUCAAAUGGCCGCCAAUGUUUGUAGAUGUGUGCGUGUAUAUUAACUAACACUAAUAAGCACAGCAAGUGGCCCACGCCGCGAGCGUGUUGGAACCUGCAGUCGAAAACAACAACGACGCGGAGCGCACGCUUGUUUUUAUAAAAUUCUGAUAGAAUAAACAUAACAUCAUGGAAAACGAAUCACCAGCUUCUACCACAAGGAAAAAAAGGGCUCAAUGGACUUCGCAACAGAUGGAAAACGCUGUUAAAAUGGUAGAAAGAGGCAUAUUAUCUACAUAUACUGCUGCAGCCAGAUACAACAUCCCAAGAAGAACACUACGCAAUCAUCUAGUGAGUGUGUCGACUACACGAAAGCUAGGUCGGUCGGCUAUAUUGACGACAGAACAAGAAGCUGGACUAGUCAGAAGAAUCAUACGAUUGGCUGAUGUUGGAGUGCCGUUGACAUCAAAGAUGUUGCGUGUACAGGCUUUUUCAUUCUGUAAAAUUAAGAAAAUUCCAAACACUUUCAAUGAUGACAAAAACGUCGCGGGGAAGAAAUGGUUGAGAUUAUUUCUCAAACGACACCCUGAAUUAGCACGUCGUAAAGCACAGAUGAUGAAUCCAGCUCGUGCUCAAAAAUUAAAUAAAGUCAUUGUUAGCGAUCACUUUUCCAAAUACAAAAGUGUACUGGAUAGACUUGGAAUUGAACAUAAACCUGAAAGCAUUUACAACAUCGAUGAAAAAAAUUGUCGCAUAUCCUUGCACCAUCAGCAGGAAGUUCUGACAGCCAAAGGGAGAAAAAGAGUUCAUCAAAUAGCGAAUGAGCAUGCUGAAAGUGUGACUGUGGUAGGCUGCGGAAAUGCUAUAGGAUCAGCUAUUCCGCCAAUGAUAUUGUUCAAAGGCAAGAGACUAAAGCCAGAAUUCCGAGACAAUUUACCUCCAGGCUCUCUGGUGAAGAUGACGCCAAAAGGAAGUAUGACGACAGAAACUUUCAUAGAGUUUAUUAAUCAUUUGCAUAAAUACAGAACAUCAGGGCCAUGUCUCCUCAUAUUUGAUGGUGCAAAAUGCCACCUGGACUUUACUAUUGUCGAGGAAGCUGAGAAAUGUGGCAUUACUUUAUAUUGUCUUCCGUCAAAUACCACGCACGAGUUACAGCCCAUGGAUAAAUCUGUUUAUCGUUCUUUUGAGCACCAUUGGGACCAAGAGUUGAUUAAAUACGUCAGUCAGCAUCCUGAACGAACCCUUAACAAGACAAGCUUCAAUGUCGUUCUCUCACAAGUAUGGUCGAAAUGUAUGACUAUUACCAAUAUCUCGAAUGGGUUUCGUGCUACAGGGUUAUAUCCAUAUAACCCAGAUGCUAUUCCUGAAGAGGCGUUUGCGCCCUCUGCGUUGUCAGAACUUCCAAAUCCUACAAACAGUGAGAAUAUUGCUGUCUUAUCUGUUGAAUCGGGGGAACAAGAGAUUUCAACUGCAAAUGUGGAAGAUUCAGAUGGGUCAGGCACAGAUACAGAGAAUUUACCACUGUCCUUGCUCUCAAAAAACAAUCUGAAUGCUGGAACUCCACAGAAGACAAUAGACAAUCAAUCAAUCACGUGUGACAUGCAUACAUUUUUACCAACUCCUAAGUUUAAAGUUGUAGUGACUGCUCCACGCAAGAAGUCUCUGAAUUACAGGGCUCAAGAAGUAACAAAAGAUUUGUUUGGUGACCGUGCUACAAAUUCCACAUCACAGAUUACUGUACCAUCGUCAAGAGUAGAUGCUCCAGGUACUUCAUCCAUCAUAAAGAUUAACACAAAGACACCAAAAUCAGCGUCAGUUACUGGCUGCAUAUCUGCACAACCUGUAGUUGCUGCAACGCGAAAGCGAACCUCAGUAAAGACUACGAAAUCUGAACCAAAACGUGACGAUAAUAAACCUUCUUGGUACUGUCCAGCUUGUGAAGAAGAUCGACUCGAUGAUAUGCGACAAUGUCUCACUUGUGGCAUUUGGUAUCAUGAGGUGUGUGUUGGACUCACACCCGCUGAUAAAAUAUUUUAUUGUUCAGGAGAUUGCUUAAAAAAAAAUAUGAAAAAGGCUGAUUAAUAUAGUACUUUUACAUGAUAAGAAACUCAUUAAAUCUGAUUUUAAAUGAUCAAAAGUAAUUAAUAGGAUCUCAUUAGAUUUAAUAUAAGUAUUGACAAUGUUUUGUAUUCAUUAAGAAGUUAAAUGUUUACUUGUUUUUAUUAAGGCUUUAUUAAGACACAGGGUUCCCAAUAAGGCCAAAGUGACAUUUUAGUUAUUUGUGUUCACAAAAGUGUGAUUUUUGUUUCUAAAGCAAUUUUGUUUCAUUUAUUACAAAGUUUAAUAUUUAAAUAUAAGUAUUCCAUAUUACCAGUGCAUUAUUAUUAAAAACCCGCUAGUUAGAUGAUAAAAAAAAUAAGGUAGGCCUUAUUUGGGUCACCUACCU